AUGUCAGCUGUUAUAACACCCAGACCACGACAUGCCAUAGAUGAUUGGGGCGAUGAUAGUGUUUUGGAAGGUAGUUCUUUGCUGGGAAAAGGACUAGUUGAUGAUGAUGUUGCUGAUGAUUCUUCGAUCUACGCAAGAGAAGACCACAGUGAAUGUUUGUGGGAAGAUGAUGAUAACAAUAAUAAAAGUGAAGCGAAAGCGAGUGAAGCGAAAGCGAAAGAGAAAGAGUACAUGGCCAGAAAGAAAAAGAAAGUACAACCGAAUGAUGAUUCCGAAGAGUCAAGUUGUGAGGAGAGAGGUCGUGCUGUAGUUAAAAAGGUGGGGAAGACUAUCCAUGCUGGUACCCAAAUCCCAUUACAAUGGCAUCCAAGUAAAAGAGUUCCCACUGGUGAACACAAGACCCAUUUUUCCACCUACAUUGGUGUAAUGGCACGUGAAAGAAUAAGCAUUGCCUACAAAGAUUGGCAUGAAGUUCCAACAGGAGUGUUAGAUGAAGUUUAUGGAUUUAUCUCGGAAUUGAGUGAAAAGAAUCGUGAAAAGGCAAAGAAGAAGUCCUCAAGUUAUCGUGGCGGUAGACUUGGGUACCAAUAUUUUGAAGAGGAGAUUGUAAAAGAACUUGAAAAGCAAGGAGUCCAUGUGUCACGAGUGUCGCGGCAUCUAACUUGGAUUAAAGCUCAUUCUCAUGUCAAAGAUGGAGUUAUAACAUUUGACAAUCUUGCUGAUAAGGAAAUCCAUGAUGCAAUAGGUCGAGAUGAUAUCUUAGCAAAAGCAAUGCAUAAGAGUGAGCAUGGUGGUUCAGUGAGAGGUGUUGGUUCAGGCAUUACAGUGAAGGAUUAUUUUGGUUAUAACAAACCUGCUCCACCCAGCCAAUUGCAUGCUGAAAUAGGCAUGAUGAAAUCGAAACUUGUCUCCAUGGAUAACAGACAAAAUUUUAUGAUGUCCUUCUUGAUGUCAUGCUGCAGCCAAGAGCAAAUAAAAUCUUUCAUGGCUGUUGGAGGUCAACAAGUUGGUUUAGGUGGAUUUUUUGGUUGCGACAAUACUUCUAGUAGUUUGGAUGCUGGGUUUGGUGGCCUCACAAGUGGGUCAGGUGGCUUACGUGGGUUUGGUAACCUAAUAGGUGGGUUUAGUGGCUUGACAGGUAGCUUAGCUGGUGGGUCUGUUAGCUUGGGUGGUGGGUCUAGUGGCCUGGGUGUUAGCCUAACAGGUGGGUUUGGUGGCCUGGAGGGUGGGUCUGGUGGUCUGGCAGGUGGGUCUGGUGGCCUAGAGGGUGGCCAGGCUAAUGGGUCUCUUGGCCUGGCUGGUGGGUCUGGUGGCCUGGAAGGUGGGUCUAGUGGCUUGACAGGUAGCUUAGCUGGUGGGUCUGUUAGCUUGGGUGGUGGGUCUAGUGGCCUGGGUGUUAGCCUAACAGGUGGGUUUGGUGACUUGGCAGGUGGGUCUGGUGGCCUAGAGGGUGGCCAAGCUAAUGGGUCUCUUGGCCUGGCUGGUGGGUCUGGUGGCCUGGAGGGUGAAUCUAGUGGUCUGGCAGGUGGGUCACGUGCUCCCCAAUUGGAUGAUACUUUUGGUCAGGGGCUUCAAGGUAUCCCUCUAACUCAACUGUUAACAGGCAAAAUUUUCGAGCAAGGGAGAAAAGGGCAUGGGUUUACCCCUGAUUCAUUGGGGGGGUAG